AUGACAAAGCACUGGCCGGAGCAGUUUGCCCUCUUGGCACCAGCCGCUCUGUCCCAUCUCGGAGAACAUCACGGCCAUCAACUUGACUUCCACAGAAAUGCGCAGCAGAGUUUCCCUGCCAGCGGUGUAGCGAGGAGCUCCACAUCCAGCAGUUGGCCUCAACAGCUGGCUCAGAUUGUUCCCCAGCAGUCGUCGCGCCUGGAGAAUCCCACAUCGGGCCGCGAACAGCUCGCCAGUGCCACGACAUUCAUGGAUACAGUUGGACCACCGGGCUCAUCAUACCAGAGUCCUCAAGAUGCCCACUUCAAGCAGGAAACUAUUAACCAGGACUCGUGGGAACGGGAGAAGAGUAGCACCAGCGGCGGAAAGAAAAAGAAUUACCAGCGGUACCCCAAGCCCCCUUACUCGUACCUCGCUAUGAUUGCUAUGGUCAUCCAAAGGUCGCCAGAGAAGAAACUGACGUUAUGCGAGAUCCUAAAGGAGAUCAGUACUCUCUUCCCAUUCUUCAAAGGAAACUACAAAGGCUGGCGGGAUUCUGUGCGACACAACCUCUCCUCUUAUGACUGCUUUGUGAAGGUGCUGAAGGACCCAGGGAAGCCUCAGGGUAAAGGCAACUUCUGGGCAGUGGAGUUGAGCCGUGUUCCUCUGGAGCUCCUCAAGAGGCAAAACACAGCUGUUUCACGCCAGGAUGAGACUAUCUUUGCCCAGGAUCUGGCCCCUUAUAUCCUGCAGGAACACCAGCCAGAAUCGGAGCCCCCGCCGGCCCUCGUCACCACUUUGCCCGCCAUGUGCUCAAAACAACCCUCCCCACCACAGGAGGACUUGUUCCGACCCAAGCUGGACUCCUCCUUCGCCAUCGACUCUCUGCUACACAGCCUGCGACAACCUAGUGCCUCCGGGGAAGUGGAUGCGUCUACCAGGGACUGCUGGGGCAAAGGAGAGCGCCCUCGUUCUUCACCACCUCCUCGACCUCGCUUCGCCUCCUCUGCCCAUAGUGCCUCGGCCAGCUCUGCCAGCCCAGCCUCCACCUCCUCAUCUGAUGAGGAAUGGAGAGGCACUUUGUCUGGGAAGCGUGUUCCUCUUGAUGGGGAAGCUGGGUCAGACGGUUACGAGGACUACAGACCGCCACUGCACAAGUCGGCCCGCCGGGAGAUGCUUGCACCUCCGUGGGAGCUCCCUACCUCCUAUGCCAAGUAUGCACCCCCCAAUGCUGUUGCCCCACCCAGCAUACGGUUUAACGGAGGUCCUCUAAUGCCGCUUCAUGGCGGACUUCCCCUUUACGGCUAUGGUAGCUCCCCGGUAGCACCUGGUCAUUUCUUGGGGCAUGCCUAUUGGCCCAUACUCCCCAGUGGACGAGUUUCUGUCCAAGCCCCUCCCCUCAUUAUGGACCUGGACAACAUGUUGCAAUCUGUGCCUCCGAAUAAGAGUGUGUUUGAUUUGUUGGUACCAAGCAAUCAUAACUCUCACCCACAUCAUCAACCACCUGGUCAGUACACGCUACCGAACGGCCCUCCCAUAAACGGGUAUCCUCAGUACUGA